UCAUGUCACUCUACCUGCCAGAGAGAGAGGUAGCCAGCCCCUUUACUCGGUCGCAAAAUUUUGCCCGGGCUAAAAACCUGAUUUCCCAUUAAAUAUAGUUAUACAUGAAAUAAGGUUGAAUUAAUAGAUUUACAUGAUCAAAAACCAAAUAUGGCUGUUGGGAACCUAAAUCUUUUGCGCAAUGCUUUGAGCAAAUUGAGAAUAGAUCAUUCCUUCACACGAUCAUAUCAAAAGCCUAGAUUUCGUCCUCCGUAUUGGUAUGAAUCCAAAGAAAGGGUGGGGUCUGAGGAAUUCAUAACACAGGAAAACAAGCAAUUUAUAGAAGAGGUAAGGCAAGAUAAACUGCAACAUCAAACAGCACUGCCUUCACCCCUGGUUAAUAUUGAGCCAAAUCAGACAGCACAGUGGAAUCCGAAAACUCGCAGAGUUGGUCUUAUAGCUCGUAAAAUAGGCAAUUAUCCUCUUUGGUCCAAAGAUGGAAAAAAAAUGCAGACUACACUGUUACAGGUUGUUGACAACCAUGUUAUAAAAUACACCCCUCCAGAAGAGUUCAAGCCAAUGAAAACCUCAGGUCCAGUUGUGUGGAAGGAAAAAAGAAAAUUGGGCUGCAUGUUGGUUGGCUCAGAAACAAUAGAUCCCAGCACUGUCACCAAGGAAUAUUGUGGUUUAUUUAAUAAUACAGGCAUGCUACCGAAGAGACUUUUAUGUAGGUUCAUGGUAUCUCCAGAAUCUUAUAUACCACCAGGAACUCCAUUGUUUGCAACACAUUUUAGAGCUGGAGACUAUAUUGAUAUACGUGCCAAAACAUUGGACCGUGGAUUUCAAGGUGUAAUGAAGCGGUGGGGAUUUAAAGGAAUGCCAGCUUCCCAUGGUGUUACCAAAACUCAUAGAAGACCAGGUAAUAUUGGUGCUGGAGGUGAAAAAGCGCGAGUUUGGCCCGGUACUAAGAUGCCUGGACACAUGGGAAAUAGGUGGCGAACUAUAAGGGGCGUAAAAAUUCUACGCAUAAAUACAAAGCAUAAUGUAAUUUGGACUUUGGGAGUAGCUAUACCCGGAGAAACAGGUGCUAUGUGUUACUUAUUCGAUACAGUUCUUCCACUGAAGAAACACACGACAUCACCUCCUUUCCCGACACAACCUUAUGUUGCAGAUUUACCACUUGAAUAUUAUGAUCCAUCAGUCCAGCCCUUUUAUGAACCAUCUGUUUCUUUUGAAGAAGUUUAAGAUAUUGACUGUUUAGGUGUCACAACUUAUCAAGAUUGACGUGGCUGGUAAUGAGUAUAGUAUAGUGGAACAAGCAUAGCAUUUUGGUUUUCCUAUAUUGAUUAUAAAACAAUACUGAUAAACAAGUUGGUUCCCAUUAGUGGAUCAUGUGGGAUUCAUAGUGUUAAAUUGAUAUAAAAAAAAAAGUUUAUUUGGUGUAUGUGUUACAGCCAAAGUAAUAGUCUGCAUAUUAUAUAUAUUAUCUAGAUAUUAUUUAUAAUAUCUACUCAAUUUGGAUAAAGUAAUAAUUGACACAGAAUUAAUCACAUUAACUAGCAAUUUUAUAUAAUAUCUCCAUAGACUUGGAUAAUGUAUUAAAACAAGUAGGUAAAUAUUAAUAAUUCAUGUUAACCAACUAAAGUGUCUAGUAGCUGACCUUAAUAUUCGAAAAAGGCUAGUUAGCCCAGUGCAGGGCCCGCCAUACUAGUAGCGAAAAGUCCCCUCUUUGAGGUGUGGUUCGGGCCACUCUACGGACGGCCCGGAGGACACGAUGAACCUCACAGCCCAGGUGUGCCUUGCCUGCGCAGGGCACCGCCGUGUCCUCGUCGAGGCAAUAGGAAGCGGCGACCUCUCGUGCCCGGCCCUGGUUCAAGCCAUGGUCUGUGGUGAGAGGUAAUGGGAUGCCGUCGUCUCAUGCAGACGCUAGGGAAGUUCACACCUCUCAUCCCAGUUGCUGCCAUGGACGUGGAAGACACCAUGGGCGGCGGGUGUCGAGUGACGUCUCCCGGCCAUCGUAGGCGUGGGUCUGUGGCCGGUGAGCUUCGGGUGGCUCAUCGUCCUUCCGUCUCUUUGAAGACACGGGCCUGUCUCGGCAGCGAGCGUUGUUUCACGUGCUCCUCGAAAAGAUUCAGCAAACGUCAAAGUCACUAACAGUCUGACACUCCUUCACGCUGCUAAACCACAGCGGGAGGAAUCAUUUGAUGAUUUAUCAUUAAAAAAGUCGACAAUAAUUUAAUCCGUUUUAAAGAAUGAGUGAGUACCAAGUUGUUUAUACCUCCCAUAUUUAUUACUUUGGCUAACUUUGACCAGCUAUUAUGAAUAAUAUCCAGAUAAAGUAAUUAAUUUAUCACAUUGUCUAGUGGUAUUAUACAUAAUGUCCAGUGAUUAUGUAUAAUAUUAAUUUAAUCACUAUGGCUGUAACAUAUGUAUGGGCAGAUAGUAAAAACAUGAAAACACAUCCAAACCAUACCAAACAGUAUACCUAGAACAUUAUAUUAUAUUUACAUGAAAGUGAUUUGAGUCUGAUGAUAUGUAUUGUGUUAAUUGAAGUUUAAAUCAACGGGAAGUUUAUUGGAGUUCAGAGAAAGAAAUGCUUUACUGUGGAUUUCAAUGACCGUUGUUUCGCGACUAGAGAUUGAAAUUAAUUUAUAUGAAGCUAAUGUCAAAAUUCUAUCUCUAAUCGCAAAACAAUGGAUAGAUUGUUUAUUGAAAACUGCAGUUAGUUAUCUUUAUCAUUGUACAUCUAACGAAAAUAAACACAUUUAGCGGAAA